CGGCGUGAUGUAUUCGUAGAGGAAGUAGGCUACUAUCAGAAACGAUGUGCAGGUGUGGAAGGAAACCUCGUACAUUAUUCAGUUUAUUUUAUUUAAGAGCAGAUGUACUUUCAGAACUGGUUAUGCCGUUCCUAUCCGUUGCGAUUUUGUUUUGUUAAUGAAUGGCUUGAGUUUACGUGUUUAUGUAACAUUGACAACAUUUGACUGUAGGCUCCUGCAACAGCUUGGUUAAGUUCUGGACUCUGUACUGUAAAGUUAACAAUUUAGCAACUAACAAACGGCGAUUGUUGCGUUUCCGACAUUUGCUUUCGAACGAGUUACAUAUAUUUUAAAGUAAGUUCGCUAACCAGCUACUCCGCGUCAAUAUUAACUUUGUCUAAUCGUGCCAGAAAUGAAGUCUGCUGAGGAAGCGUGCUGUGUUGUCACAGUUUUUGAGAACUCCAAAGAACGCGCGAAUAUAGCUCAACCUUUCAGGUCCGGGCAAACUCCCGGGCGUCCAGCAAACAGGCGAUUAAGUUCCAGCGGUGUUAUUGUGAACGAUCAUACUGGGAUUGUUCUCUGCAGCGGUCUUCUGUUUUCUCACUUUCUUAUUGACAAGGAAUCGGUUUCAUCGGACUACCAGUUCUUGCUACCACACAGCAUCAGUGAUCAGCUCAGCAUUUACGUACAAUGUUCAGGGCAACAACGGCUCACAACAAGUGGCUGUAGCGUAGAUCCUGUUUCUUUUGAAGCCAUGCCCAUGCGUAAUGUGACGCAUUUUGAGUCACAAUUAAUCAUGAUGGUCAACUGCCUGGAGUUUCGAUCAACAUUUCGGAAUGUAUUCAAGGAUGUCGAUAAGUGGAGUUUUUACAGUGGCGAGGAGGACGCCGAACCUGCUCAAAAUAUACAGUUUUUAAGCUGGUUCGCCGUGCUUAGGGUUCCAGGUUUGGCUAAGUCCGAGCAGGGACGGACUGUGCCGUGGGUUCACGGUCAAUCUCUGGAAAAGGGGUGCGUGGUUUUUGCCUGCGGCUCUCCUUUCGGCACGUUCUGCCCCGACCUCUUCAUGAGUACACUAAGCAAAGGUAUAGUCAGCAAUCUGGCAGGAGAAGACCACGCGCUCAUCCUCACUGACGCGCGCUGUCUACCUGGAACUGAGGGUGGAGGUCUCUUUGUUAAAAGCGGGGACCUUGCCUACCUUGUUGGCUUGAUCGUGUCUCCCUUAUGUUGGAAGUCCAACGAGUGGAUUGGAUUGACUUUAGUGUGUUCCCUGCAAUUGAUUCUGAGGAACAUACUCAAGUCUGUGACUCUCCAAGACCCAACGAAGGAGAUCUGUGCUUGGUUACCAGGAGCCUCGAUCGAUAGUGUGGCAGAUGCAGACCAGAGCAUGAAGCGGCACCCAUCAGUGGCCUUAGUGGACACCGGGCAGUUCUGGGGUUCAGGAAUAUUGAUGAGCUCACGGCUGAUGUUGACUUGUAGGCAUGUUUUGCAUGGACAGUCCAGACUGACGGUGAGGUUCAAGACCAAAUCUCGGUUUCUAGCAGUGAUGGGUGAAGUACUGUAUUCCACUAAGGUGACGUCACCAUAUGAUGUAGCAGUGGUGCUCCUGAAGGAACAGCUCCCGGAUGUUGAAGUCCCAACUUUAGCCUCCACGUUCACACCAGGUGAAGAUGUAUAUGUUAUUGGCUAUGGAGCAUUUGGACAGAGCUGUGGGCCAACGGUAACUUCCGGAAUUCUCUCCAGAGCAGUCGCCUUCCAUUCACAGCCUGUUAUGCUGCAGACCACUUGUGCAGUACAGGCAGGAUCCAGUGGGGGCGCUGUGAUCCGAGCACAAACAGGAGAGCUGCUAGGACUCGUUGCCAGUAACACGCGGGACAUGGUUGCUGGGGUAACAUACCCACACCUGAAUUUCAGCAUCCCGGCCAGUUUGCUGGACCCCCUGCUUCAGCAGUUCAGCCGCACAGGAGACCCCGCUGUGUUUCGGCAGCUCGACUCCGCGGACGAGCAGGUGAGGAGGGCGUGGCGACUGCAGGCCCCGCCUCUGGACCCCCUAAAGAGCAAACUGUGAUCAUCUGGCUGUGUCUGUGUUUCUACCUCCUUCUCUGGCAGUAUGGGAGCUCAAACUUUGUUUGCCAAAAAUGCCAA